CCAGAUAUUCCGGAUAGAUGGCGAGGCAACACUAUAGAUAAGGGAUCACUCUAUUCAUUGAAGAAAGAACAAAUUGCUGGACGUGAGUUACCGUUCCUGGUCAACCAUCUAGUGAAAAAAGACGAAACGAAUGUCAUCAACAAUGUGGAACAAAAGCGUGAGAGGGACUACAUAUCUCGUAGUCAUUUGACGGACAACACCCAAACCAAAUUCAAUCACGCUGUGCUCAAGCACUUUUACAAAGCUCCAGCUCCUCGCGCACAUCCGGGAUACGGUAUGCCUAGACCAGAAACAUCCGAACAGAGUCCCUUUCGUCUCUUAAUGAAGGACUUGGAACGAGAUCCGAGUGUCGUGGCCAUAAGCAAUUAUCCGUCCCUGACCGUUCCUCCUACUUGUUCUAAAUCUGUGGGAUUUUGUGAAAUCCUAGGACCAAGUGCAUGCGCUCUUUGCAUUGAAGGUUCAAAUAGGUUUAUCGGUGAAGAACUCCAGAAAAUUAUCUUUCCGGAAAUUGAGAUGACGGCAGCUAAACUUGUACAACCAAAACUUGCCAAGGUAAUGCGUGAAGGUCAUAUGAAUCAGAUGAGGAAACGUAGGCUGCGCGAGCUCCAUUUCCCCGCGUUCCUGUUACCCCUUAAGAGACAGGAGUCCAACCUGCUGGGGAAGAAAAUGUCUGCCCUAAGAAGGGAACGCUCUAAGCUGAGCUCGGGUCCUUCCAAGCACAGUUCCUAUAGUGUUUCCUCUCGAACAACACAUCUCUCAGCCGUCCACGAGGAGAAAGCCUGACGCGUUCCGGUUGCCGCAACACAUAUUUAUCUUAAGAAUAAGAAUCUCAAACUUUCCGAGAUUCUAUUGCGCAAUGCCAUUGGUCACAGUAUUGAUAAGAGUAUACUUGACUUCCUUACAUGUACUGAACAAUACAAACAUGAGUAAUCAAUAUCAUGUUUCGUCGACCCAAUAUGAACUAAACCAGAUGACUUAAGGGCGAGUUUACAUCCUCAUAGAAAUUAAGGUUAAUAUCAUUAUCCCUUGUUUCCUUAUGAACACAAGCUAUUUGUCAUAGAAUGGAGAAUAUUUGAAUUACGGAAAUACUCUGUCCACGAGUUGAAAUACACAUUUAAUGUUCAUAAAGAAUCAAGUGAAAUAAUGUUACAUUUUCAAAUGAUAUUUCAUCGACCAUUUUAUAAUGUCGACACUAUUAAAUUACUUGGAUUUCUUUCUUUUUAUUUUCCGUCAGUAAUUUACUGUGCAAAAUAAAAACAAGAUGUUGGUAGUAGAAAAAAUAUUCACUUAAUUUUGAUAAAACCCCAUUUUCACUGGUAAAUGUGUAUUAUUUGAGAUUAUCCAGAAAUUAACACCUCUGUUGAUCUCUUCAUCCCAUUUGUGUUUCAACCUGCAUUUUUGUUGUCAAUGUUACAAACUUGUUCAACUAUUCAAGACUGCUUUCAAUCUGUUGAUGUCCAACGGGAGUGAAUAGGAGAGAUAAACGGGAAAGUGAAUCUAAAACAUCUUAAACUCACUGCACUUUAUCAGAGGCGUAGCGAUCAGCUGAUCAAUGUAAGCCGUUAAAUCAACACAUACACACAAACGUAUGGGAUAAUGAAAUCAUUCUAUAUCUAGACAAAGACCUUGAAAACCAUUGUUCUUCUCGUCUCACAUGGUCAGGAAACCGGCAAUAUGAGUGGAUCCAUGAUUACAUUGAUUCAUACAUUUAAUUUUUACAUUUUUUUAUAAG